GAUUUUUUAGAGGCAAAAUUCUUUUAGAGUCCCUCAGCGCGAAAAGCCCUUGUUAUUUCUCGCUCCCCUUCAUAUAGACCCCUUUCCCAUUCACAACUCAACACUUACAAGGCAACGCACCAAAUCCACACAAACGAAUAAUAUCCAAUUCUCUCUAGAGGUUUCAUCAUGAAAGGAGCUAAAUCAAAGGCUAAAGCUGAUACCAAGCUUGGUGUAAGGAAGAAGGCUACUGAGAGUAAGAAGGCGAAGAACGCUGCUAAGGAUCCAAACAAGCCUAAGAGGCCUCCAAGUGCCUUCUUCGUUUUCAUGGAGGAGUUUAGGAAGACCUACAAGGAGAAGCACCCAAACAACAAAUCUGUUGCUGUUGUUGGCAAAGCUGGUGGAGACAAGUGGAAACAGUUGUCAGAUGAAGAGAAAGCUCCUUACCAAGCCAAGGCUGAGAAGAGGAAGGCUGAGUACCAAAAGAGCAUGGAUGCAUAUAACAAGAAACUGGCUGCUGGUGAUGCUGAUGAUGAGUCUGACAAGUCCAAGUCUGAGGUACAUGAUGAUGAUGAGGACGAUGAUGGAAGUGAAGAGGAGGAUGAUGAUUAAACAAUCAGUAGGCUGUUGAAAUUCAGAGAAUGAUGGAUAAGUUCAUGUAGGAAUUGCUCAGUCCUUCCUUGAUAAAUAGAUGCCCUCUUUUUUUACAUUUUUUGUCUAGUUUUUGUUCUUUGAGGGUUUAGUUUGGACAGAAAGGUGAAAUUCAGAUGACUUGCCUUGAAAGCUCAAGUAGUUUAUGUAAUUUCUCUAUUUUGCUGAUGUUAAUGAAAAUUUAGCUUGGAAAUUCCUUCUG